AUGGUGAUUUUGAUCCAAGUCUGGAGGAAUAUAACCAACAACUUCAUCAAAGAAAAUGUUCUUGGUAGAGGAGGAUUUGCUGCAAUUUCUGAGGUUCUCGUAAAAAUUAGACGUCGAAACUUCGGUUCACGCCUUGGCUACUUCUUGGAGCAGAAGAAAAUAUUGAGCAUUUCCUUGAAUGUAGCCAGGGGGGUUGAGCAUAUGCAUAGACAGCAUAGUUUGACUCAUCAAAAUUUUAUUCAUAAAGAUUUAAAGCCCUCCAAUAUUCUUCUUGGAGAUGAAAUGAAGGCCAAGGUGUCUGAUUUUGGGCUUAUUAGAUUAAAUGAUGGUAAAGGAUACACUGUGGAGACUAAACUUGCAGGGACUUUUGGGUAUGUUGCUUCUGAUUAUGUUGUGACUAGUUGCGUGACCACCAAAUCUGUCGUCGACACCAUCUUCAACUUCGUUGAUGACCAAGAAACCCUUGUAAGAAUAACCACAUUCAUCGAGCUUGCCAACUACUACUGCGUCCCCGAGCCACACCAGCUCCCGAAUAUGGGCCAUGCCAUCAAUGUCCUAUCCACUAGAUCUAGAAACGGUCAGAUCCUAACAUGGUAG